ACACCCCUCACUGUGAUUGGCUAAUGCGUUUAUCCCUCCGCUGCUGAAGGUGAAGCGGCUGCCAGUCUUUCUCCUAUCUCCUGGCACAAAAUGUCAUCCAGUGGACUUUUAAAUAUGAACGCUCGGAUGUGUAAACGUCUGGCUCACAAGUACUUCUCAAGAACCUACACAUCUCGCCCUUCACUCAAUGAAGUCGUCAUUGUCAGCGCAGUCCGCACUCCAAUGGGCUCUUUCAAAGGCAGCCUGGCAGCAGUUCCAGCCACCAAACUGGGCUCCAUUGCCAUUAAGGGAGCUAUAGACAAAGCAGGAAUUGCUCCUGAAGAGGUGAAGGAAGUCUACAUGGGGAACGUGCUUCAGGCAGGAGAAGGACAGGCUCCUACAAGACAGGCCUUGCUUGGAGCCGGUUUGACUCUCGGCACGCCAGCAACAACCAUCAACAAAGUCUGUGCAUCUGGAAUGAAGUCCAUCAUGAUGGCAGCCCAGAGUCUCAUGUGUGGACACCAGGAUGUGAUGGUGGCAGGAGGCAUGGAGAGCAUGUCCAAUGUCCCGUAUGUGAUGAACAGAGAGACCCCCACCUAUGGAGGGGUGAGGAUGGAAGACCUCAUCGUCAAGGAUGGACUCACCGAUGUCUACAACAAAUUUCACAUGGGCAACUGUGCAGAGAACACAGCCAAGAACAGUAAGAUCACCAGAGAGGAGCAGGACGCCUACGCCAUCGGUUCAUACAGCCGCAGCAAAGCAGCAUACGAGUCUGGCGUGCUGGCCAAAGAGAUUGUCCCAGUUAGCAUUCCCCAGAGAGGAAAGCCUGAUGUGGUCGUGUCUGAGGAUGAGGAAUGGAGGCGGGUCGACUUCAGCAAGGUCCCUAAGCUGAGGGCUGUGUUCCAGAAAGACAAUGGCACGGUGACGGCAGCCAAUGCCAGCACACUGAACGAUGGAGCUGCUGCUCUUGUGUUGAUGACAGCAGAUGCUGCAAAGAGACUCAACGCAACUCCACUGGCCAGGAUUGUCUCUUUUGCUGAUGCUGCUGUUGCCCCCAUUGAUUUCCCCAUUGCUCCUGCAUUCGCUGUACCGAAGGUGCUGGAUGCAGCAGGGCUGAAGAAGGAGGAUAUCGCCAUGUGGGAGAUCAACGAGGCGUUCAGCGUGGUCGUGCUGGCCAACAUCAAGAUGCUGGGUAUUGACCCUGCUAAGGUCAAUGUCAACGGAGGAGCUGUGUCACUGGGACAUCCCAUUGGGAUGUCUGGGGCAAGAAUUGUGGGUCACAUGGUGCACAACCUGAAAUCAGGUCAGUUCGGGCUGGCAGGCAUCUGCAAUGGAGGCGGUGGAGCUUCCUCCAUUCUGAUCGAGAAGCUGUAAGAAGUCCUGACCGGAGCUCUCCCUUUACCUUAUACACUCUUUGUUAAACUGUGUGACGACUUGCUGCUGGUUCCAGAUGUUCCAAGACAUCUGUAUGUUACCAUUUUCUGUGAAGAAUGCCGAAUCUGUUACAACUCUAAUGCCAUCGGCCUUAAUCAACAGCAGAGUAGGACUCGACUCUCAUGGCAUCAUGACUCCAAUGUUCAAGGCACUCCUUUGUUUGACAUGUUUUGUGCAAAAAAUGAAUUAAUAUUUAACUCUGGUUUAUAAUGAUUGAAUAAAUAGUUUUUAUUGAAGCAAUAA